GACUGGGACACUAUGGUAAUACAAGAACCUCAUAUUAAUUUUCUGCAUAAUACGUGCGCCAACCACCACUGGCAUGUUCUAUACCCAUCUUGGCACUACUCCCACCCCCAAAUAUGUUCAUGGGCCAUCACCCUAAUCAACACCUCAGUAAAUACUAACUCUUGGAAACAGAUCUCAUUCCCUUCCUCAGAUGUCGUAAUAACUCAAAUCUCUGAACUGUUCAAUCAAUGUACCAUUUUUAACAUUUAU